AUGCCAAGAUCCAACUCAGACAGGGAUGAUAUCUUCUUUGAUGCAUUUGAUGAUAUUAGUUCAGCAAGGGAGCCUUCAUCAUCAGAUGAUUGUAGUACGAGUGGCGAAGGAUUGGCGCCAAGGGAAUUUGAGUACGACAUUUGGGCAAACGAGCCAAUGAGUGUUAAAGAAAGGCGGCAAAGAUUCCUGGAGGGAAUGGGAUUAGAUGACUUAGGUUCCACUAAAGUGGAUCUUCCUCAAUGUCAGGCAGAGAUAACAAGUGCUGACACUGGUGCUGACUUGCAGGAAAGGACUGUUAUGAGCGACGUCUCUUCUUUGGGUUCAUCUAUACCUGAGAAUGAAUCAGCAUUUGAUGCCGCCUGCUGCAUUAGGGAUCUGGAUAGUGGAAAGAGAUAUGUAGUUCAUAAUGGCGGGCAUGACGGACUAACUAGCUUUCUCAAGGAUGUUGCAACAGAUAAGGUGUUGUCUCUUCUGGAGUUUGAAAGCUUAGUUGGUGUUUCUCGAUCUGUUCAAAAGUUAUUACGAAGAGCAUAUUGCCAGAGUCCUGCCCUGGCAACAGAGGCAAAAGAGGCUAUUGGUGGAAAGAAAAAGGAUAUCAAAAGCUUGUGCAAAAACUUGAUGAAGAAGAGGAGUUUCGGUGGAAUGUGCAAGACUGAUGUCCAUGUAAAAAGCUGCACGACAAGUAUACCAUCCAGAACAAAAGUUCAGCACCGAAAGAAGAAGAAUGCGGAAUUCUCUGCUGUCUAUAUGGGUCAAGAAAUCCGGGCUCACAACGGUUUAAUUAGAGUAAUGAAGUUUAGUCCGUCUGGCUGGUAUUUAGCAAGUGGUGGUGAGGACUGUGUUGUGAGAAUUUGGCAGAUUACAGAAGUGGACGCACAUUCUAAAAUGUAUGGGGGAGAGAACCACUCUCAUGAACAUGUAGAGAAAAUUAAAAUCCUAAAACCGAAGCUAGAAGAGGGGCAGGGCCGUGCACUUGCAGUUAUGCCAAGCAAGGGUUUUCACAUUACAGAGAGCCCAUUGCAUGAAUUGCAUGGCCAUACAGGUGAUGUCCUGGAUAUGACAUGGUCGAAUUCAGAUUGUCUGUUGACCUCAUCAAAAGAUAAGACAGUCAGAUUGUGGAAAGUUGGCUCAGAUGUUUGUCUUGGAGUAUUCAGACACAAAGACUACGUGACGUGUGUUCAGUUCAAUCCUACUGACGAAAGAUACUUCAUCAGUGGUUCAAUAGAUGGUAAAGUUCGCAUUUGGGAUGUUCUACACAAGCGGGUCGUCAACUGGGCUGAUACCAGGAAUGUUAUAUCUGCUGUUAGUUACCAACCAGAUGGAAAGAAUUUUGUUGUUGGCACGACUGGAGGAGUUUGUCGCUUCUACGAUCAAUCAGGUGAAGACAUCCAACUAGACAAAGAAUUGUUUAUGCAAGGGAAAAAGAAAUCUGCUGCCAAUCGGAUCAAGAGUCUGCAGUUAUGUACAAGUGAUUCCCCUAGAUUCCUAGUUACAUCAACAGAUUCCAAGAUUCGAGUUGCUGAUGGGCCUUGGAAGUCGAAGGCUCUUUCAUCGCCAUCACUAACAUCAGAUGGCAGAUAUCUUAUAUCCACUGGCAUGGACUCCAAUGUCUACAUAUGGAAUUUUGACAACUCAAGCAGCGCCUCACAGAAAGGUGAAGCCAAAUCGGUUCGAUCGUGCGAAAUGUUCUUCUCCAAGGACGUGACAACCGCGGUGCCAUGGCCGGGGGUGCACCAAGACAGGCAUGUCAAGCCGUCCCGCUUGCCCGAGAAAUCUGCCAGCGCGUCGGCUUUACGCCGCCAUGGAGGAGAAAGCCGUUCCCCUGGGACAUGGUUCUUCGCGGACGGCAUGAGGGGAUUCUCCGAGCUGUGGCUAUGCGCGUUCGGUACAGAAAGCGCUACUGGAAUGUUCCAACUUGCCAACUUGUUGGAGCAACUGAGAGUUGUCCUAGACAUUUACGCCGAAGGCGUUCUCGUGCCUCCCGCACUUUGUCACCACUUCAAUGCCUUCGUCGUUGAAGAGGAUGACCUUCAGCGUGUCGGGAGUCAGCAACUUGAAGGUCACCAUGUACCCGAUCUUGAUCUGAUGGACGACGGCGAUGGUGGCCCAACCCUAAUCGAGAGUGGUCCUGCCGUUCAUCAACCUCACAGUGACCCUCCAUGA